UAGUCAUCCUUUACGCGCUGCUCGUGUAUUGCAAAUGUGGCUAAUAAUUUGGUGAAGAAUAAUUUAUUUAGUUUCUGAUAAAUCAUGACUGAUAACGAGGCCGCAAAUGGGCUCGCUGAGGAGCAACCGCAAGAAAAAACAGCUAAGCAGUUAGAAAAAGAGGCCAAAAAAGCUGCAAAACUGGAAAAACUUAAAGCAAAGUUGGAUAAAAAAAGCUCAGCGCCAGCUGUUCAGAAAGAUAAGCCUGAGAAAAAAGUAAAAGAAACAAAAGAGAGUGCAAUUUACACUGCAAACACAAUACCAGGAGAUAAGAAAGACAUUGAAGGUUCUAUGCCAGAUGCCUACAGUCCAAAAUAUGUAGAAGCCGCAUGGUAUGCCUGGUGGCAGAAACAGGGCUUUUUUAAGCCUGAAUAUGGAAGAAAAUCUGUGUUAGAUCCAAAUCCUAAAGGCAAAUUUGUUAUGGUCAUCCCACCUCCAAAUGUUACGGGUACUUUGCAUUUAGGGCAUGCACUCACAAAUGCUGUGGAAGAUGCAAUCACAAGGUGGCACAGAAUGAAUGGGCGUACGACUUUGUGGAACCCUGGCUGUGAUCACGCAGGUAUCGCCACGCAGGUAGUGGUUGAGAAGAAACUGUGGCGUGAAGAGAAAAAGACACGUCAUGAACUUGGUAGAGAAGAGUUCAUCAAACGCGUCUGGGAUUGGAAAAACGAAAAGGGUGAUAAAAUCUAUGCACAGCUGCGGUCUAUGGGUUCUUCAUAUGACUGGUCGCGCGCGCGCUUCACCAUGGACCCGUCCAUGUGUCGCGCUGUCAAUGAAGCUUUCAUACGAUUGCACGACGCCGGCGACAUCUACCGGGCUAACAGGCUUGUAAACUGGUCUUGUACGUUGAAGAGUGCCAUUUCCGACAUUGAAGUGGAUAAAAUGGAGUUGACUGGUCGAACACUGUUAUCUAUACCUGGAUAUGAACAGAAGGUCGAGUUUGGGGUGUUAGUGUUAUUCGCAUACAAAGCUGAAGGUUCAGACGAGGAGCUAGUGGUGGCGACCACUCGCGUGGAGACCAUGCUUGGUGAUGUUGCCGUCGCUGUGAAUCCCAACGAUGACAGGUACAAGCACAUGAUCGGCAAGAACUUAAUACAUCCUAUAGUUAAAAGGAAGCUGCCGGUGAUCGGCGAUGAAUACGUGGAUAUGAACUUCGGCACCGGUGCUGUGAAAAUAACUCCCGCACACGAUCCAAACGACUACGAGAUCGGUAAACGACACAAUCUGCCUUUUAUCACCAUACUAGACGAUGAAGGCAAGAUGCUGGAUAACUGCGGUCAAUUCGCUGGCAUGAAGCGGUUCGAUGUCCGUCGCAGCAUCGUCAAGUGCCUGGAGCAGUUGAAGUUGUACCGAGAGACGCGGGAGCACGCCAUGGUGGUGCCGCUCUGCAGCCGCUCCAAGGACGUGGUGGAGCCGAUGCUCAAGCCGCAGUGGUAUAUAAGGUGCGAUACGAUGGCGGCCGAAGCCAUAAAGGCAGUGAAGACAGGCGAAUUGAAAAUCAUCCCUGACGUCCACGAGAAGAUCUGGUACCACUGGAUGGAGAACAUACGCGACUGGUGCAUCUCUCGCCAGUUGUGGUGGGGGCAUCGGAUACCAGCCUACAGGGUGACGCUGCCCGCUCAGGACAACGCCGGUAACGCGUGCGGCAGGAGCGCGCCGCGCCGCCGCCGCACGCGCUCCGGCCGCAAGAAGGCCGCGCGGAUACGCACGCGCCACGCCCACCACCACGCGCACGCGUACUCUAAAUCCGACGAGGAGUUAUGGGUGUCAGGGCACACUGAAGAGGAAGCGUUAUCGAAGGCAUCGACCAAAUACGGAGUGGCUGCGGAGGAGAUACAGCUGGUUCGCGACGAGGAUGUCCUCGAUACCUGGUUCUCGUCGGGCCUGUUCCCCUUCUCCAUAUUCGGGUGGCCUGAUCAAACAGACGACUUGAAGGCUUUCUACCCGGGAACACUACUUGAGACUGGACACGAUAUCCUGUUCUUCUGGGUUGCCAGAAUGGUUUUCUUUGGUCAGCGUCUCUUAGGAAAAUUACCUUUCAAAGAAGUAUAUCUACACCCGAUGGUGCGUGACGCGCACGGGCGGAAGAUGUCCAAAUCUCUGGGCAACGUCAUAGACCCAGUGGACGUGGUCCGAGGGGUCACUUUAGAACAAUUGCACGCUCAACUCGCGGACUCCAACCUGGACCCUAAAGAGGUGGAGAAGGCGAAGCAGGGACAGAAGCAGGACUAUCCUAAUGGUAUACCGGAGUGCGGUACUGACGCCCUGAGGUUUGCCUUAUGCGCCAUGACGCAAGGUCGGGAUUUGAACCUGGACAUCUUGCGCGUGCAGGGCUACAGGUUCUUCUGCAACAAACUCUGGAACGCGACCAAAUUCGCCCUCAUGUACUUCCCUAAGGACACCGUUUAUGAGGUCCUCCCGCCGAGUUUGCCGAGUGACUUGUCCCCGAUGGAUCGGUGGAUGUCGUCUCGUCUAGCGUUAGCCGUACACAAAGUCAACACUGGAUUCCAGACGUACGACUUCCCUUGUGCGACCACACAUUGCUAUAACCUGUGGCUAUACGACCUCUGCGAUGUAUACCUGGAGUACUUGAAGCCUGUAUUCGCUCAAGGCAGUGAGGUUGAGAAGGCGGCGGCGCGUCGCACCCUGUACACGGUGCUGGAGUUUGGCCUGAAGCUGCUCAGCCCGUUCAUGCCGUUCCUCACCGAGGAGCUGUUCCAGAGAUUGCCGCGGAAGAAUACCACUUGCCCUUCUAUAUGCGUGGCUUCUUAUCCGACGGAAUCGGAAGCACCUUGGAGAUCGGAAGUCCUCGAAACUAAUGUGGAUACAGUUCUAAAGAUGGUUCACGCGAUCCGUUCCACUAGAACUGAGUACAACUUGACCAACAAGCAGAAGACCACGGCUUACCUCGUCAUAUCAUCGGAGCUUGAUGUAGCCGAACUGAGACAUUUAUUCAAAAGCUUGCAGUCGCUAGCCAACUCUGAUUUGGCUGAAGGCCAACCGCCCGUUGGCUGCUCAAUCCUGACCGUCUCGGAUAAGAUUGAAGUGCAUCUGGAGUUGAAGGGUCUAAUAGAUCCUCAGAAGGAGAUAACGAAACUGGACAAAAAGAAAGAAGCCUUGACGCAGACCAUAACUAAACUGCAACAAGCAAUGGCGGCCGAAGACUACGUCACUAAAGUACCGGCAGAAGUACAGAAAGCUAACACCGAGAAACUUGCGCAGGCGCAAGGGGAGAUUGAACGGUUGCAAGCGGCGAUGGUUACACUCAAACUAAUGUGAACCUUAAAUCAAAACUCAGAUAACUCGGAAUGUAUGGAACAUACUGAUGUAUAUUUUGUCUUAUUAGAUUAGAUAGAAUAAUUGAAUUCGUAAAUCAAUCCCUUUAAAGUAUUGAUGUAUUUUAAAAUAUUUUUUUUUAAUCUGACGACUUUUAUAUCAUUAUUUGUACACACAGGAAUAUUAGUCUAUUUAUUGCUUAUAGUUUGUAUUAUAGCUGCAUUUACCGUGUGUUACUAUUAUUUUUUAUAAUUGUCUCAUUCUUUCCGUCGAUUUUUUAAAGAAAAGGUGAUCCUUAACUACAAAAGGCUUGAUUGUAUGUGACCGUUGGCAAUGCAUAAUUACCUCUUACAAGUCUUAUUUAUUUGUUUUUGCAAUAAAACUGCUUUAAGAACAUUUG